CAUUGAUAGGUGGCACUGACCGGCACUGAUGGGUGACACUGAAAGGCAGCUCAGAUGGGCACUGAUAUGUGGCAUUGAUGUGCACUGGUAGGUACUGAUAUGUGGCAUUGAUGUGGCACUGAUGGAUACUGGCACGAGGCACUGAUGAGCACUGACACAAGGCACUGAUGAGCACUGACAGGUGGCACUGCUGGGGCUACACUGAUCAUCAGGGCACACUGAUCAUCAGUGCCCUGAUGAUCACUGUCAGCGUGACAGCUCGAGAGGAGAGAAAUGCCGAUAACCAGCAUUUCCCUGUUUACAUGUGAUCAGCUGUGAUUGGA